AAAGACCAUUGGCUAAUGUCAAAAAUCAAUAUUUGUGUUUGUCAUUCUCUUUCAAUACAUAUUGUCGAAUUUUUGUGGCAUUUUACAAAUAAAAUCUAAAAUAUGUCUGAAAUGGACGUUACUGACAGUGGGAACGAAUGUUCCAAUGAUCUAAUGUUGUUAGAUCGGGUGUUUCUCCGGCUGGGUAAUGCUGAUACCGACGAGCAGUUAGAGGGCUGCCUUGGGAGGUUCCUUCCGCCUGUUAUUCUGAAAUUAUCAUCACCUCAUGAACAGGUGAGAACCAAAGUGAUGGAGUUACUGGUGCAUGUAAACAAGCGAGUGAAAUGUCGCACCAGUGUGCAGCUUCCAGUGCAGACCUUGCUGCAGCUGUACAAGGACCCUAUAUCCAACAGCUUCAUUAUUAACUUUUCAAUUAUAUACAUUACUUUGGGCUUCCCUCGACUCCCUCGAGAUCAGCAGCUUAGUCUAGCACCUACAUUACUGGAAGCAAUUGAAAAUAGACCUCAAGGCCAUCAGGAUAAUAUACUCAUACUGCUAAUGCCGCUGUUGGGUGAUAUAAAAGAAACAGACCUGAAUCUGAAAGAUAAACCUAAGGUGUCGAGUUUGAUACUCAAGUUUGCUACCGAUGUGCUUCUAUUGCCGUACAGAGCUUUACCUAAUGAUGGUGAGAGUGAUUUCAAAGUACCACCGGGUAUGAGCAUGAAAACCUAUAAACGGAUUGUGAGCAAGAACCAACUUAACCCCAAUCAGCUGGAAGAGAUGAAACUAUCAAUAGUGAACUUUAUAAGUAAGGAUGUGUUCAGCCCGAAUGAAGUACUGCUGACGUUGAUAGUGGCCGCGGCGGACUCGCGGUUCAGCGUCGCCAACCACGCGAACAGCCCUCUUAUUAGGGUUAACAGCUCUGUAGACUGGUCGCAGCCUUCGGUAGUGGCGCCUCUGUAUUCGCUAUAUUUGGGCACCUGGGGCGGCUUGAACGUGCCGCCAGACGACCGUAAGGUGGCGGCGUGUACAAGACUGCGUCUGAAGCUCAUACAAUAUCUGAACAAGGCAACAGGACCGGCUAUUAUGUUCCCACAUUGUGUGCAGGUGGUGUUUUCAUCGUUGUUUGAUCCAAACACAAAUUCCCGACUCCGCAACUUGGCCCUUGUGUUUCUUUUAAACGUUAUUAAUAGUGGCGAUGGAAAUCAGCUGAGGAAAGUGUCAUCAGUGUUUCUGCAAGGACUGCUUAAGCUCAUAAGAUCUGAAGAGCACGCCGAACAUCACACUAAGGCUUACACAUGCUUAGGUCGGUUGGCCAUGAAAUGCGCCGACACGGUGAGCAACCAGUUCGCGCUGCUGGAGGAGCUCGUGAAGAAGAUCCCCGACGCGCCGCCCGAGAUCAGGACCGCGCUCAGGGACGCCAUACUCGAGAUGGCGGUCACAUAUAAAGUACAGUUCGAAGAGAAACCGGAGCCGAUGGAUACAUCGUCCACGCCAUCUGAAGGUCCGAGCACGUCGCAGGAAAAAAUGGAGGUCGAUGACAACAACGUUAAAAAAACUGGCCGCCUUGACGAGCCGCAAGCUCUGGCGCUCUUUGCAUUGCUAGAACAUUACAUGCAGAGCGAUGACACGAUGAUCCGAUACGUGGCCAUGCGAUACGCAGCGGUCGUUUUCCCGCCAGACUACGUGCCGUCCAGAUAUCUGCUACUACUCGCCAGUGGAGACAGCCAAGACGAAAUAUCAACGGAAGCUUUAAAGUGCCUAUACGGCACUUCCCGUCCGAGCGAGAUAGAAGACGUUGUGAACAACGUGUCCACGAAAGAGACGGCAGUAGUCAAUCUCGAUGAGGACGUCUCCAAGAAAGACAAGGAUCAAACAUCAGAGGUCCCAGCGUUCAAAGCGCCUCCGUUCAAGGACGUGGUGAAUUACAUAUGGGAUCAGCUGCAGAAGAGGAAGAAAGGAUCGAACGCGAAACACAGAUUUGUCGUUAACAAUCAAGUGCUUCAGUUUCACCCAGCCACUUAUAAAGAGAUUCUAAGAUACCUGCGCAUGUGUCUGAACCGAGAUGCGAACCUGAAGGAUUGUUCUAAUCACCCCAAUGCCAAUUCGCCUUUGUUGACCGUAUAUAUCAAUGACUUCUUACUAGAUACUGUGGUCCUUCAGAGAUAUCUCAGUAUGGUUACAGCACUAUUGACUGCCAGUCCGGAUAUUAUGCCGCUGACAUGUUUUUUGGACAUUGUCGGUUGCAUACCGGACAGGAUGGCAGUCGAAUACGCAAACCUCUUACCAUUCUUGCGGAAUCUCUUCACGACCAGCACCAAGGAAGAUGUGAGGGACAUCGCGGCGAUGCUCUACGCUAUACUGUUCGUAUAUCAUAAAGACAAAGCCACAGUCGAUAACGAAAUCAAAGAGUUCGUGGCACAAGGGAAUAAUAAUAAGACGCUUGAGAGCCAGUGCGGGUACAUCAGUGCGUUUGCGCAUAUGUGCGAGAGGUGCAUCGCAAAGGCAAAUAUGAAAGAGUUUGGCGGUAAAGGAUUCGCAUUGGGUGAUUGGGAACCGUAUCAGGAAGCGGCUUUGUGUUUAGCAAAGGGCCUCGCGGGUCCCCAAGUUCUCCUAGUCAGCACAUCGUGUUCCGCCGUAGCGGUGUUAGUUCGCUGCAGUGGCUUACCAUUACCCACCGCCACUCCCGACCAGGAGGCGCUCCUACAAUCAGACAAUCCGUUCAGCGUGAACAAAUCCGACGCCGAUGAUGUUGGUGACGUCAUCACUAAGUUCACAGUCGCUGAUCGACUGUUCAGAAUAGUCGGUAACGCUAAACUGCCGUCGAAGUUGAAAGAGAAGGCGUUGCGUACGGUCGGGUUGAUGUGUUGCGGGGAGCGGUUGCCGUUCGCUAAGCAGAUCGUUAUGGGGUUCUUGCAGAUGGCUAAGGAUAGCAAGGAGUUUGAAAUACAUCUACAAAUUGGCGAAUCGUUGGUACUUUGUGUAGAAGGAGUUAAUUCCAACGAAAACAGGGACAUGUGGAAAAAAUAUGAGAAGCAGGGACUAGAAAAAAUAAAAGAUAAAGAAGCUUUAAAAGAGAAUGACGAGUUGUUAGAAUGGCUGUUGGGUGAACUAUUUAAAAUAGGCAAACACCCGCACCCGCAUUCGCGACAGGCGACAAGCAUUUGGCUGCUAGCUUUAUUAAAGAACUGUCCAGAACGUGAGCCAAUAAAAAACAAACUUCAAGAGCUGCAGAACGUCUUCAUGGACUUCCUGUCGGAGAACAGUGACAUAGUGCAAGACGUGGCCAGCAAAGGUCUGAGCCUCGUGUACCAGAACUCUGACGAGAGCCAGAAGCAAGCCCUCGUGGGGCAGAUCAUCGACCAGCUCACCAGCGGCAAGCGCGCCGUCGCACAGGUCACCGACGACACCAAGAUAUUCGAGGAGGGACAGCUCGGGAAGGCGCCUACAGGGGGAAACCUCUCUACUUACAAAGAGCUGUGUUCGCUGGCAUCUGAUUUGAAUAAACCGGAUUUGCUGUACAAGUUUAUGCAUCUGGCUCACCACAACUCCGUAUGGAAUUCCAAGAAAGGAGCGGCCUUCGGUUUCCAUUCCAUAGCAUUACAAGCGGGCGCACAACUGUCGGAGCACCUGCCCAAGAUAGUGCCGCGCCUGUAUCGAUAUCGGUUCGACCCCACGCCGCGGAUACAAAAUUCAAUGGCCAGUAUUUGGCAGGCUAUUGUGCCCAACACGCAAGCCACUGUUCAAAAAUACCACAAAGAGAUUUUGGAUGAUCUGGUCGCGAACCUCACGUCGAACCAAUGGCGCGUCAGGAUGUCGUGCUGCAACGCACUUGCAGACCUGCUGCGUGGUGCGCAAAGUCUCCAUGACUCUCUGGAGCAGUUGCCCACAAUAUGGUCUCAGUUGUUCCGAGUGAUGGAUGAUGUCCACGAGGGCACCAGGCAGGCCGCUACCACCACGGCGAAUGUACUUUCCAAGCUGUGCAUUCGUGCUUCGGAUGUGAACCAAGGUAAGGACGGCAAGGAAGUUGUGGCGGUGAUCCUGCCCGUUCUGUUGGAGACGGGCAUCACAAAUAUUGUGAAAGAAGUGAGAGCUGUUAGCCUGCAAACGGUAUCGAAGCUGGUGUCGGCGGCGGGCGCGUCGCUGAAGCCGUUCCUGUGGCGGCUGGUGCCGGCGCUGGUGGGCGCGGCGGGCGAGCUGGAGUCGGCCAAGCUGUCCUACCUCAGCACCGCGCUCGUCGACAGCGGCUCGCGCGAGCUGCUCGACGACAUGCGCGCCAGCGCCGCCAAGCACCACUACACCACCGACACCGUCGUCAAGUGCAUGCCAUAUGUUGACAUUGAAGUAGUGAAAGAGAUGCUUCCCAAAAUCUUGGAGUUGACCAAAUCUCCACAACUGGGCACCAAAGUGGCAUGCUGUCAUUUCAUAAUAUUGGCCGGGCAUUAUCUGAGGGCGGAAAUGGAGCCGGUCGCUGGGAAAAUAAUGUCUGCGUUACUCAACGGUACUUUUGAUAGAAACGCCACAGUCAGGAAGAAUUAUGCAGAGGCUUUGGGACAAAUUUCGGCAUAUGCAAAGCCCCAGUCAGCUGAGAAGCUUAUGAAAAAGUUGGUAAAUCUGUACGAGACAAAGGAAGACGACAUGUCGCGGUCGGCUAUCGCUCUCACCCUAAAAUCGGUUGCCAAAGCCAAGAUAGAGCACAUCAAAAACAAUGAAGAGGUGCUCGCUCCCACGGUGUUCUUGGCUAUGCAUGCUCCGAAGGAUAAUGAAUCAUCGACUGUGGAGAUGUUCGAAGAGAUAUGGACGGAUAUCAGCCCGACGAGGGAGAGCGGUAUCAAACAACAUCUACCCCUUAUUCGUGAGCAGAUUGAAGAAGCGCUGAACUCUAGCAGCUGGACUAAGAAGGUUCAGGCUGCAAAUGCCAUUAAGACAAUAUGCAAGGAGAUGUCGUCGGGCCUCGGCGACCAGCGCGAGCAGUUCAUACGCGCUCUGCUCGCCGCCGUGCACGGGAAGACUUUCGAUGGCAAACAGAACGUCAUUGAGGCGCUGGCUGAGUUGUGCGCUGUAAAAGAAGGUGAAUCACCAGUAUCCCAGUCGUUGGCCUCGGAGUGCCUGAGCGCCCUGCUAGUGGAGUGCCGCAAGCAGGAGAUGGUGUACAAGAAGCACGCCAUCGCCGCGCUCGGCGCCGCGCUCGCCGCCACGCACUGCGACCGCUUCCACCAAGUCUACGAGAUCGUCAAGGCUAUACUCUCCAAGAAUGAACUAACACUGGGUAAAGAGUCAGACGAGGAAGAUAACGAAGGCGCAAGGCAGCGGCGGGAACAGUUGACUGCUCUGAAGGAAGCCGCUUAUGAGUUAUUAGGGAAAGCGUGGCCGAAAGAAGCCGACACGCAAGAAAAAUAUCGAGACGUGUUCUUCGAGCACUGCGCGAGUUCGUACGCGUCGAGUUCGCGUUCGACUCAGCUCGCUAUUCUGUCGUCCAUUGCGCGCAUACUGGAGCGGCUCGCGAUACUCUCAACAACCGGAGAAGCAAUGGAAACAGACAACUCCGCGAAUACCAACAGUGAUAAGGCGAUCAGCACUGUAGUUGACCACGUAGUUUCAAUUGUCGAUUACACACUUAAAAACAGCAAUCAAGUCCGACAUCGGCGGGACGCCCUCAACAUCAUGGAAAUUCUCAUCAAGCAACUAAAAGAUCUCAACAAGACAGAAGAGUUAACUAAACUAAGAAGCAUUUACCAAACAUAUGCCCAAGAUCUUUCCAAGGAUUCGUCACAUGAAAUUCGAACCAAAGUGGCCAAUAUUAAGGUCCAGUUUAAAAAAUAAGUCAGACGAAUGUAUAUAACCUUAUUUAUGCAAGUAAAUGUGUUCUUGUGGA